AUGGCCUCGAUAAACGACCUCGCGACCGCGGCCAUCGCGAGCUCCUCCUCGCCCCCGCCUCUGAGCCAGGCCCAGACGCAGACGCCGGCAAAGGCGCAGUCCGCGGCCGGCCCGUCGCGCGGCGCCUUUGUCGUCCUCGAGGGCCUCGACCGCAGCGGCAAGACCACGCAGGUCAAACUCCUGGAGCAGCGCUUUGUUGAGGCGGGGCGGCCGGUCAAGGUGAUGCGGUUUCCGGACCGGUCGACGCCCAUCGGGCAAAUGAUAGACGCGUACCUCAAGAGCGACGUCGCCAUGGAGGACCACGUCAUACACCUGCUGUUCAGCGCGAACCGUUGGGAAGCUGCCGCCCAGAUAUCCUCCCUCCUCGCCUCCGGCACCACCAUCCUCUGCGACCGCUUCCACCUCUCGGGCAUCGCCUACUCGGCCGCCAAGCGCAACCCCUCCCUGCCGCUCUCCUGGGCCGCCGCCCCCGAGAAGGGCCUCCCGCGGCCGGACCUCGUCCUCUUCCUCGACCUCGACGAGCGCGCGGCCCGCGCCCGCGGCGGCUUCGGCGACGAGCGCUACGAGCGCGAGGCCAUGCAGGCGCGCGUGCGCGACAUUUUCCGGGGCAUGGCCGCCGAUGCGGACGCCGGAUCCUCAUCCUCAUCCUUAGCCGCCCCUGAGCCCGCUGAGCCGACGCCGCGCGGCCGCGGGGAGAACAUCGUCGUGGUGGACGCGGGGAGUAGCGUUGAGGACGUGGCCGAUGAGAUUUGGCGGCGGGUUGAGGCGCGGGUGCGGCAGGUGGACGGGGGCGAGCUGGGCGCCUCGGUCGGCGUCGUGGAGUGA